GACAUAAUAAAAACCCAGAGCCACGCAAGAGUCGGGGUUUCUCGUGGCCAUGGAGACCCCAAAACCCUACCCGCAAUCGAAUCUUUUGCUCUCCGUUUCUUCUUUCAUUCACCAUCACUGUACCAGAUUCGGAGCUGAGCUUUCCAAUCGUCUCGAAGAGACUAAACGCUUUGCCGGAACCUUCGCCAAAAGAUGGCCGGCGGAGGCUAAUUGGCGAUCCUUUCCUACACCAGCUUUCGCGUCCCUUGCGCAGCACACUAAUGCCUUGGCUGCCACUCUUAGUUCAGACCAAUUGGCUAAGUCUCUCAUCGGCACGGCGGUCUACACGGUUAGCAAUUCAAACAACGAGUUUGUGCUCAUUUCUGAUCCCAAUGGUGUCAAGUCAAUUGGGUUGCUGUGCUUCCGCAAGGAAGAUGCCGAGACCUUUUUGGCUCAGGUCCGAUCGAGGAAAAAGGAACUAAGAAGUAAUGCGAAGGUUGUCCCAAUUAACCUUGACCAGGUAUAUAUGUUGAAAGUAGAAGGUAUUGCCUUCCGCUUUUUGCCAGAUCCGGUUCAGAUAAAGAAUGCUUUGGAGCUCAAAGCUUCGGAUACCCAAAGAAGUUUUGAUGGAGUUCCUGUUUUUCAGUCUGACCUUCUGAUCGUGAAAAAGAAAAACAAGCGUUAUUGUCCUAUAUACUUUACUAAGGAAGAUAUUGAAAAGGAGCUGUUGAAGGUCUCCAAGGCAUCGAGAGGAUUAGGAACUUCUCAGCAUAUUAUGGUUGGUAGUUUGGAAGAUGUUCUUAAGAAAAUGGAGCUGAAUGAGAAGAAUUCAGCCUGGGAAGAUCUGAUUUUCAUUCCUCCUGGCAAAAGCCACUCUCAACACAUUAAGGAAGUGGGCAAAGCAUGACAUAGGCUGCGAAUUCAGCCAACAGUGUACACGAGAAGAAUGAAGGAGCACUGAUUCAGCCAACUGAGACGUGACUGGAUCUGGUUCAGACAUAGUUUUGAGAGGUUGAUGAAGCUAAUGUCUUCUCUUUUACGUUGAGGAGGUUAGUGAAUAUAUCGCGGCUGGAUUUCUCAGAUGUGUUGAGCUUGAUUUUACUUUUGUAUAGCUAUUGUCUUCUCUAUUGGACGUAGUUUUCUUCGGUAGAUUAGAAUCUCAAUGUACUUUUCUCAAAAAUAUGUAGCCACAAUACUAAAUGGCGGUUAUUUAUGUGGGAAGGGUAUCAAACCUGACAGGUUUAUUGCAAUAUUUGAUUUCCUCAAUAAAUGAACUUUGUUUGUUUUUUU